UUUAAUAAUUUACAGAAGAAACAUCUUCAUCUUAGAAACAACAAGUGAUUAUCAAAUUUUAAGUAGGAAAUAUUAAGUGAUACAAGAAAAAAUGAAACAAAUUUUAGUCAUCGGGGCAGGCGUGAACGGUCUGAGCUCAGCAGUAAAAAUUGCAGAAAAUUUUUAUAAUCAAGCACAAGUUACUUUAAUCUCAGAAGAAACUAGUCCAAAUACCACAGGCGAUGGAUCAGCAGGCCUUUGGGGUCCAUUUUUGCUCGGAGAUACACCAGAAGAAAAGAUUGUACAAUGGUCAAAGGAGACACAUGACUUUUUCAAAGAAUUAUGGAUUCACGGCCUCGCAAAGGAAAGUGGUGUUACAUUAAUUCCCUGUUACAGACUCACAACAGAGCCCGGCACAAAAGAACCGUCGUGGAAACAUGUCGUUUUUGGCUAUAACUCGUUAACGGAACAGGAAUUGAAUCGUCUUCGGAUGGAACAUGGCAGAAAUUACACAGCCGGCGCCCAAUUUAUCACAUUCACCGCUGAACCAACUAGUCUCCUGCCGUACCUCUACAAACGUUUCGAAAAGGCCGGUGGUCGUUUCAUCCGUCGCAAAGUCUUCCAAAUUGACGAACUAGCCAACGAAAAUUACGAUUUAAUCGUUAAUUGCACCGGAUUAGGUGCCAAAAGUCUCCUAAACGACUCCCAAGUCAAACCAAUUCGAGGACAAGUAGCUCGUGUAUCAGCUCCUUGGCAAUUCCAUGCCUUCUUGGAUGACAGCGAUGACGGAAAUUACGUGAUCCCAAACACAGAAACUUGUAUUAUCGGCGGCACCCAUCAAGAAAACGACUUCAACACGCAACCCUGCCCGAAAGAUCGCGAAUUUAUCAUGGUUGGAUGUACGCGAAUCGUGAAAGGUCUCAAAAAUGCUCCCGUUAUCCGUGAAUGGGUCGGUCUCCGACCGGGAAGAACCUCCGUCAGAAUUGAAUUUGAGGACUACGAAACGCAAAAAGGUCAUAAACUGCCAGUUAUUCAAAAUUACGGACACGGAGGCGCGGGAGUAACACUUUGCUGGGGAUGUGCGACGGACGUUUUGAAGUUGGCAAGCCAGAAAUUGUCGCUGCACAAAACAAAAGCAACGAAUUCAAAACUAUAAAUUGUGUAUUACUUAAAAAUAUCUUUAUUUUUUCUUGUUUUUCAAAUACAGAUCACGUGAUUAAUGAA